AGAUAGAAACAUAAAAUUCUCCUAAGAAGUAGAGCAAAUACUGAAAGAUAAGAAAAACAGUAUGGAUGUGUUCAUAAGAAUAGCAGUCUGGUACAGUAAACAUAAAAUGAUAUACAGGAAUAAAGUUGGAGAAAACCUUUACACCAAUAAAUUCAAAAAGGGGCCACUGGGGCUGGAGAGAUGGCUCAGCGGUUAAGGGCACAUGCUGCUCUUGCAGAGGACCAGGUUUGGUUCCCAGCAUCUGUGCAGAGUGCUCACAACUGUCUGUGGCUCAGGUUCCAAGGAACCCUGUGCCAUCUUCAGAACUCUGAAGAUGCAUAUACUGCCAUAUGCGUGCCUCUCUCACAGACACACAGAAGUUUAAAAUACAGAUACAUCUUUUUGUUUUGCUUUUUAAGAGAAGAGAAUUCCAUUGAUCCAGAAAGUAUGAACAAGUCAGAGCAAAGAGCAAAGUAUGUUAUCAAGAAAUGUUGGAACUCCAGGGGCAAAGACAAGAGCCCAGAAUCUUCCAGGGAAGAACAUAGUACCAAACUCCGUACCAAGAAUCCAAAAUACCUCAAGGUUUCUGAACAUGGCAACACCGAGAAAGUAAUAAUACAACAAUGAAAAGUAACAAACCAGAGCUAUGUGACACAACGCAGAUGGAUCUUAAGAAGCGUGACACUGAAUAGAAGAAGUAAGCUAUGAAACAAAACAGGGCCGAGGAUAUAGUCAGGGGUAACUAGAGAGCUUAGCAUGCACGGGGCCCUAGGUUCAGUUCCCAGUGAUGAAACUUGCACACACAUGCACACACACACACACACACACACACACACACACACACACACAAUUAUGUGUUCGUUUAUAGUAAACUUUAAAAAGAAAGAGAUACAAAGUCAGACUAUUUCUAAGAUGCACAUAUGAUGGCACAGAUUGUCCAACCCCAAACAGGAAGAUAACGCUGGCACAGUGGCCCCUCUGAAAGGGAGUGAGGGGCCUGGGGCAGCAGACUUCUGGCAAGCUGGCAAUAUUUUCCUUCUGGAAUUCCACGAUAGGCACAUGCUGCGCAGGAAGUUACCACGCUUACAUUUGUGCUUGAGUGCUUUCCUUGUUUGGAUAAUAGUCCUUAAUUUUUAAAAAGCUUCUAUAAAGAUACGUUUCUCUCUAUAUUGAUACUAAAGAACUCUUGAGUUAUACGUUGUUAAUUGAAAGGAAAUAAAUGGGGUGGAAAGAGGUGUGAAAUUUGCUAACAUUUAUAUUGAAAAGGAAAGGAAGAAAGAGAAAAGGGGAAGUGAGGUCAGGUGAGAAAGUAGGGAAGGAAGAAGAGGGGGAAGGGAAGGAGAAAGGAAAAGACGUAGGAGCUUGGAGAGGAACAGGGUAAUCCACACAGCAAAACCACUGCUAGAUUCUUGUCUCUGGACAAAAGAACGAGGCUCCCAAGGAGACAGAAUUCACAGAAUUGCCCUUCCCUGUGUGUCCUUGCUGGUCUUUAACUUCAGGCCCAUGGUAGAUUACCUACUACUAUAAAUACUCAGGAGUUUUCUGGCACCUAUAAUGUACUCACCCAGAGGGGGCGCUAUCGAGUGGUGUUUCCUUCCAGUCCCUACUCAAGGCAAUGACCCUCUGAAUUCUUUGCGUUCUCACCAAAAAUUGGGAAAGAAAUAAAUCUUCAUUUAUGCUUUCAUUUCACUUUAUACCACAAUGCCUCCUAGAAAGAAGUACAACUCACUAAUAGCGCCCCCCCCCCCCCCAUCAAGAAGAAGUAAACAAGUCAAAAAGUCAAAAGAGUGACCAGGUGCCCCAGACACGAGUCUAGAGAUGCUGCUGUGUGUGUUCACCACCUUGCCCAUGGCAAAGCACAAGCUAGAUUCUAAAGUCCUGUGCUAAAAUAACAACAACAACAAAGAGAAAAUGUGGCCAGUCGGUUACACAUCUACAAAUCCUGCUCAGGAAACUAUUAAAACAGCAGAAAGUGUUUUCCAGCAGAGACGGUUAAAGGCAACCAGCCCACAAAGACCUUUGGGCCAGAUUCUUGGUUUGUCUCAGUAGCAGGGAUAAGUUGUGGAUCCAGAUCAUCUCACUCUCUCUGAGAAGUGGAAGAUGCUGCAGAACCUCAGACAACACACGUUUCAUCUUACUGUAUUUUGAAUGAAAACGAAACUAACACAUGUAGAAAAGAAGAAGAAGAAAAGCCCCAAGACUGCUAUUUUUUUUUUUUAAGUGUCUUGUACAUGACUAGGUUUUUCAAAUUUUGGUCAUGGCAGUGAAUUGUCUCUGAGAAGAGCAGAGCUGAUUGGACUUUGGGCUUCUAACGAGUUAAACCCCGUCAAAGGAAGUGAGCUUUGACCAAGACUUGCUGCUGGCUCACAAAGGCCCCGGACUCCUGGCAAUAAAAAGAUCGCAAAACAGCAGCAUGUAGAACACAGAGUUCUAACCUGGACAGAAGAGGUGUUCGAGCAGCUAUGGCCUCAUCUGACGCUCAAGGGCAAAGAGUGGCUGUUAUCGGAGGUGGUUUGGUUGGAGCAUUGAAUGCAUGCUUUCUUGCAAAGAGGAAUUUUCAAGUUGAUGUGUAUGAAGCUAGAGAAGAUAUUCGAGUGGCUGAGUUUACUCGUGGAAGAAGCAUUAACUUGGCCCUUUCUUAUAGAGGACGGCAGGCCUUGAAGGCCAUUGGUCUGGAAGAUCAGGUUGUCUCCAAAGGUGUGCCCAUGAGAGCGAGAAUGAUCCACUCUCUCUCAGGAAAGAAGUCUGCAAUUCCCUAUGGGAAUAAGUCUCAGUAUAUCCUUUCCAUUAGCAGAGAAAAGUUAAACAAGGAUCUACUGACUGCGGUGGAGUCCUACCCCAAUGCAAAGGUGCACUUUGGCCACAAGCUGUCGAAAUGCCGUCCUGAGGAAGGGGUGAUCACCGUGCUUGGACCUGACAAAGUCCCCAGAGAUGUCACUUGUGACCUCAUUGUCGGCUGUGAUGGAGCCUAUUCAACCGUCAGAGCUCACCUCAUGAAGAAGCCCCGCUUUGACUACAGUCAGCAGUACAUCCCUCAUGGGUACAUGGAGUUGACAAUUCCACCCAAGAAUGGGGAGUAUGCCAUGGAACCUAAUUUUCUUCAUAUCUGGCCGAGAAAUGCCUUUAUGAUGAUUGCCCUUCCCAAUAUGGACAAAUCUUUCACAUGCACCUUGUUCAUGCCCUUCGAAGAGUUUGAAAAACUCCUGACAAGUGAUGAUGUGCUGGACUUCUUCCAGAGGAACUUUCCAGAUGCUAUCCCUCUGAUGGGAGAGCAAGGCCUCAUGAGAGACUUCUUCCUGCUGCCUGCCCAGCCCAUGAUAUCAGUGAAGUGUUCCCCCUUCCACCUGAAGUCACACUGUGUGCUGAUGGGAGAUGCAGCUCAUGCCAUUGUCCCAUUUUUUGGGCAAGGAAUGAAUGCGGGCUUUGAAGACUGCUUGGUAUUUGAUGAGUUAAUGGACAAAUUCAAUAACGAUCUUAGUGUGUGCCUUCCUGAAUUCUCAAGAUUUAGGAUUCCAGAUGACCAUGCAAUUUCAGACCUGUCUAUGUACAAUUACUUAGAGAUGCGAGCACAUGUCAACUCUAGGUGGUUCCUGUUUCAAAGGAUCCUAGAUAAAUUUCUUCAUGCUAUUAUGCCAUCUACCUUUAUCCCUCUCUAUACCAUGGUCGCCUUCACCAGAAUAAGAUACCAUGAGGCGGUGCUGCGCUGGCAUUGGCAAAAAAAGGUGAUAAACAAAGGACUCUUCGGCCUUGGAUCCCUGGUAGCCAUUGGAAGUGCCUACCUACUUGUGCAGCACAUGCCCCCGAGACUUCUGGGAUUCUUGAAAAGGCUGCCAUGGACUGGAACCACGGGAUACUGGAAUAGGAGCACAAGUGUCUUCUGUCAAGUUCCAUGGAGUCACUAGGAAAAAUUCCCCAUUUCACCAACCAAAGCAUCAAAGUUCUGGGUAAAAAAUGCUUGACUACUCUCCAAAAUCAGGGACCAAAUGCAUGUUUCCAUUGGCACAUUUAAUUCACUACUGGAAAAUAAUUGUCAGCAUAUAACCAAGUUCCAUGUAGAACUUCUGUGUGUUUGUCAGCUGAAUGAGGGGAGAUGCUGUGCUGUUUUUGUAGUGUUUCCAUCCCUUUGCAUGCUUGGGCUGGGUCAAUUUAAAUUAAAAUUGCAAUAACCAAGGUCUCUGUCACUUCUCAAAAACAAGUUUUUGUAUAUGGGACAUUAUAGGAGCAACAACAUUCUGGACUGAAAACCACAGCCUGCCUGGCGUGCUACUUCCUCUUUGUAGCAGUCGAUGGGGUUUGCCUAACCACAGGUUCAGAGCACUUGCUAGAAUCAGGGGUGUGAAAUGAAAGGCAGGCUGUUCCAAAGAGUCCCAGGAUGAAUUUACUUCCCAGGCUCCAGAUACCAGAAUUAUUACCUUUUGAAGAAAGGGCUAUUAAUGGCAUGUCAAGUGAAGAAUAAGAAAGGGUUGUUAUUAGUAAAUGAAAUAUAUCCAAGAGUGAAAAGGAGACGGGAAGGCUGUCUUGCAGAAGCAUGGAGACAUAGUUCAUUCCAUUUCAGACACACAGAAGUGAUGCCUUGAACAUCACACUGUGACAGUUGGUGUCAUCUUCAAAGUGCAGUGUGGAGACUCUUUGGUUCUUUCUUCGGUAGGCUGACUGGUACACUUGGAAGCUCUUUUCAAACAUUGUUAAUUUUCAAAACUACAAUACUAGGUUUUGUUUGUUUGUUUUUGAGACAGGGUUUCUCUGUGUAGUUUUGGUGCCUGUCCUGGAUCUCGAUCUGUAGACCAGGCUGGCCUCGAACUCACAGAGAUCCACCUGGCUCUGCCUCCCAAAUGCUGGGAUUAAAGGUGUGCACCACCACUGCCCGGCCUACAAUACUAGUUUUAUAGGUAAUAAAGACUGAGGUAAUAAAGAUAAAACAAUUUGCAUUUUCAUAUCGUCAAAGACAUCCUUGAGUCCUAAUAAUCUAGGCUUGGUGCAUAGGGAAAGAAAAAUAUUGUUUUCAGAAAGGGGAUGUAGCUCUGUAGUAGAGUGCUUACCUAGCGUGCCCAGGGCUCUGGGUUGGAUUCCCUGGCACUGCAAAAAUAAACAAACAGUAUAAUUGUUCCUUUUAUUUCUUAAGUUUGUUGGCUGCAGUUACUAUAACAGAUUGUCAAAAGGGAACAAACUGAAGUUUAGAAGCAUGUGUAUUUCAUAUGUACAUGGGAGACGCUCAGAAAAUGAGCUGGCUUAGGGGCUGGAGAGAUGGCUCAGCUGUUAGUGCAUAUUCCACUCUUGCAGAAGCUUCUAGUUCUGUUCUCAGCACCCAUGUCAGGCAGCUCGCAACUGCCCCUAAUUUCAUGCCUCUGGCUUCCUUGGGCUCUUGUACCCAUGUGCAUAUAACCACGCAUAGACUGUCCCCCCCAUAAUUAAAAAAUCAUUAGAGUCCAUAAUUUCCAGAUGUAGCAAGGGGAUGCAUGGAAGGGAUUAGAGGGAAGAAAGAGAAGGGAGGAAAUGAUGUAAUUUUAUUUUAAGUUAAAAACAUAUAUAAAAGGGAGGAAUCUGUGUGAUACACAAUGUUGUGAGGAAACAGCUUAAAUAAAAAUCUAGUACAUUUUAAAAAACAUUUAAAAAGAAAGUAAGCUUCUGUAGAAAGCCCUGAUUUACAUCAUCUUCAACAAGAAGUAAAGGUAUAGGGACAUGAUAGGACAAAGGAGAGGGAUUGGAACCCCUGGAGCAGCAAGCCUUAGUUACCUUGGCAAGUCAGGGGAGGCUUCUCUUCUAUUGUCUCUUCUCAGUGACUUUCUACUCAAGGUAACCCCACAAAAUGGAGCAUAUUUGGGGGCAGGAUGUGCUGUUCUCCUCCAGGUGUGAACAAUGACACGUGGGAAGAUGCUCUCCUCACUAAUGUGGCCCAUCUGAUAUCCGGGAUCCUACUGAUAAGCAAUGAAAAUUUAAAAACGCACUGUAUGGAGUUGGUGAGAUGGCUGAGUGAGAAAAGGUGCUUGCUGCCAAGCCUGGCGACCUGAGUUCGAUCCCUGGGACCCACAUGGUGGAAGGAGAGAACUGU